AUGGCCAUGGACGAUGAUAAAGGAGAAACUUUUGUGAAGACCUUAGAAAAAAGCUUUUCUGAUAAUGGAAUCUGUAUUGCCUUUACUGAACGAAUGCCACUCCAAAGCAACAUUUUUGGUAUUGUUAGUUUCAAUGACAUGUUUAGGGAAAUAGCCCUGUUGCUGAGUAGAGCAAGUGUCAAUGUCUGCGUUAUAAGUGCUGAUGCUCACAUGAUGUUAGAUUUGCAGCUAGUGCUCAAUCUCGCUGAAUCAGACAUGAUACUCCCAGUGGAGAAGACAAUACCUCUUGCUCUGUGCAAUGAUCAUUGCCCACCAGGUUCCAGAAAGAAAAGGAAGGAAGGGGAGCCAUUUUGUUGUUAUGAUUGCAAUACUUGUCCAUCAAGAAAGUUUUCAAAUGAAAGAGGUAGGAAAUAUUAUAUGGAUGACUGCUUAGACUGUCCAGAAGAACAAUAUCCAAACAAGGGAAAAAAUAUCUGCAUUCCCAAAGUUUUAAAUUUCUUGUCUUAUAAUGAAACUUUAGGCAUCACUUUGACUAUUCUGGCUUUAUCAUUUUCUGUGACCACAGUGGCAGUACUUGGAAUUUUCAUAAAACAUCGGAAUACUCCCAUUGUCAAAGCUAACAACCGGAAUCUCACUUAUAUUCUCCUUGUUUCCCUCUUCCUCUGCUUCCUCUCUUCCUUGCUAUUCAUUGGUCAACCCCAAUUGCUGACCUGUCUUCUUCGCCAAAUUGCUUUUGGGAUCAUCUUCUCAGUUGCUGUUUCUUCAGUUUUGGCCAAAACCAUCACAGUGGUUCUAGCUUUUAUGGCCACUAAGCCAGGAUCAAAAAUGAGAAAAUGGGUGGGGAAAAGAUUUUCCAACUCUCUGAUUCUCUGUUGUUCCUGCAUUCAAGCAAGUAUUUGCAUACUGUGGCUAUAUACUGGCCCUCCCUUCCCAAAUCUGGACAUGCAUUCUCUUCCAGAAGAGAUUGUGGUCACAUGCAAUGAAGGAUCAGGCAACAUGUUCUAUUAUAUUUUAGGCUAUAUGGGAUUGCUGGCUCUUAUCAGCUACAUUGUGGCUUUCUUUGCUCGGAAGCUGCCAGACACUUUUAAUGAAGCCAAAUUUAUUGCUUUUAGCAUGCUGGUAUUCUGUAGCGUAUGGGUGUCUUUUGUCCCAACUUAUCUGAGCACCAAAGGAAAAUACAUGGUAGCUGUGGAGAUCUUCUCCAUCUUGGCUUCCAGUAUAGGAAUAUUGGGAUCUUUAUUUUUCCCUAAAUGUUACAUAAUUGUACUGAGGCCAGAACUCAAUACAAAGGAGCACCUAAAAACAAAAAAUUAACAAUUACUCAUAUCCAUUGAUUUUGAAAACUUAGCAUUGGCUUUGAGAAGAAAAUUGGAAAGAUAAAAUGUUGCUCAGUUGUGAAGAAGAAAGUGUAAGAUAAAGACUCAGAAUAGCCCCAACUUGACCUCACUGUCUGUUA